AUAUAGGUGGUAUAACUUUUUUUUCAGUUUUAGCAUGGCAACACUUAACUUACAUUGACAAUAUGGCGGCUAUGUAUUAAACGUGUGUGAAUUCGUGAAAUAAUGGAUAUUAACCUUAAAUUAUUGAGAAAUAUGUAUAGAUUUUUCACUUCUAAUACAAAAAAUACUUUAUUUCUUGAUCUGAAUUCAUUAAAACGGUAUAAUUUUAAAUUAUGUUCGACAAUAGUGAGUGAGGAAGCAUCAGACAAUAAUGAAAUAGACGAAAUAGAAAAGAAACGUGAUAUCUCACGUUUACCAGAAAGUGUUCGCCAGAUAUAUAUGAAAAAGCAGAUGUUACCCUUGCAAUAUUUUCAUCAUUACAAAUUGGCAAAUCUUCGUAAAAAUUACGCGAGAUUUGGUAAAAAGUGCGGAAUAAAUCCGGGUUUGAUGUGGCCAUCUAAAGAAUAUCUGAAAGAAUUGAAGAAAUAUCAAUCAAUUGCUUAUACGCCUUUGAACGAGAUGCUAGCAAAAGUGAGAGAAAAAGACCAGCAGGAUGUAGAAUACAGGAGAGAACGAGAAGAGAUGAUUGAAAAGAAUAUGGCUAAAGUAGAUACCUGGAUGAGAGAAUUUGAAAUUAGAAAACAGAAGAAAGAAGCAGAAGCAAAAGCUCAAAAAUUACGUAAACAGAAGUUAAUCGAAGACGUACAGGAAUACAUUGGUUAUAAAAUGGAUCCUAAGGAUGAGCGAUUCCAGGAGGUGCUUCAGAUGAAAGAGGAGGAGGAAAAGAAGGUAAAGAGAAAAUUGAAGAAGCAAGAACGUGAACAGAAAAUGCUUGCCAUGUUAUUAGGUACAGCUGAAGAACAAUCACCCAAAAACUCAUGAAAAUUAAAUAUUAAAUAACAUUUAUGUAAAGUUUAUGAUUGGAUCAUAAGUUUAUGCUAUUUUCUUUAUAUUGCCAUUUUUUUGUUGCAUUUAUGAUAAAAAGUUUGAGUUAGACUAAUCUUAGUCUUGAAAACUUUCAAAUAUAUUAUUAUUAGAUAAUGAUAAUACCACGUGAAUAAAAAUAAAAUAUUUAAUAGACCAUA